AUGAACGGAUCGCAUUUCAUGUCUUGCAGAAAGCGGCUGAGAGACCUGUCCAACUUGGACAUCCAGGCAAGGCUGCAGGAAGUGAUGCAAGGGUUGCGUAAGUUGUCUUGGAGAUCAGCGGAGGCUUGUGAGGGUUUGGAAGCUCGAGUCGGGGGCAGAAGGUGGCUCGAUGCACCUGAGAAGAUCGAUGUUGGCGCAUGGGUGGUGAAGGAGCAGAAGGUGGCCUAUGGUGUAUGGCCCAAACGGGCUGUCUGUGAAACUUUUCCGGAGAAGUUCUUGCAGGAGCAUUUGAGGGUGAUGGUUCCCUCCGAGUUUGGUGAGCAUACGACUGCCUUCUCGCACGCCCCCACCUGGCUGCACUUCACUGAGGCGCUCCCCUGUGAAGCUGUCAUGGAGGUCCUGUCAGCCACGGUCCUGAACAAACCACAGAAGCUGACCAAGCUUAUUGCGAACUUGCCUAGCACUGAACUUGUAGCAGUCAACGACUACGCUGAGGAACACCAGAUCGCAAUAAGCGUGGGGAGCCAGCCAGCCGACCAUCCAGGUCUGGGAUCCGCAGCAAAGCCGCAGCGCGCCACGAUGGUGCAAAUGGCUCCGAAGCUGGGCUCGGAAGGCUCCGUGAAUCAGGGGACGCCCUUCCCCCCUCGCUUGGGAAAGCCGGCCACCACGUCUUUUGUCGUGAUCAGGAUCUCUGACGGGUCCAAGGGAAAGGACGCAUGGCGCUUGCCGUUCGAGAUCUCACGCCGCGCCGGGACGUCCGUCUAUCGACGCAAGGAGGAGGACCUCCCGGCUCUCCUGGCCCGACUCCAAGAGGCGGAAGCGAAGCGUUUGGGAGUGGGUCCUCUAAAGGUGUUCUGUAUUGCGGACAAGAGCAACGAAGCCCUCAGCGUCCUGGUCAAAACGGGGAAGGUUCACACAUACUUGUCCGGGACGAACGACCUGCUGUUCACGGACGCAGCGGAGCUCGAGUACGCGCUGGCAACAGGCGCUGUACAUCUGGAUCUGAAGACUACGAAGGAGGCCACGGGCGUUGUUGGCCAGGGAAUCUAUCAGCUGUGGGCAGGCAUCGCGUAUGGGGAGAUCCCCCCCCUCAGCCUCAUCACCGACUUAUCGACGAAGUGCACAUUGACGCUUGCGCGGGACUGCACCGUCGAUGGUGGACCUGAGGACUGCGCCAUCGAGGUGUACGAGGAUGUGAACCCCUCCACUGCUCUUAGUGUCGCCUUCGCAUGGAAUGUCAAGGCGCGGCAGCAGCUCGCUGGCGAGAAGGGGCUCCCGGAGGACUUUGUGCGGGGUGGGAAGUCCUCCAGAGGAGGUGUAGGGCCGUGUCACGAGAGACGGUGGACGACCUUCUGAAGGUCCAGGAUGCAAGCAGCGGAGGUGCGAGUGGGCGUGCCGCCCUUCCUUAAAAAUCUGAUGGCUUCUCAUGGAGGUGCGGUGAACAGAUUGCAGGGAGUUCUGCAUGUAAAUAUGAACCGUUCCUUUAUGCUAAUUCAGGCCCAUAUCGUCACAAGCGCAGCAAACAUCUCUC